AUGGCAACUCUCGAAGCGCUGAUCUCGCUGCAGAUGACACGUGCAUCCUUCAUCGAAGGCAUUUACACGGAGUCACAGGAGGAGAGCAUCCAGCAGUUCGGCGUGACGGCUCUGGAUUCCAAGCUCAUCAUGCUGGAAACGUAUUGGGCGAAGCUGGAAGCGUCCCAUGAGAAACUCGUCGGCCAGAAGAUCGAGAAUUUGACCUCUCUCGAUUAUUUUAAGAAUCAGGUCUUCGAUGUCGCGCUUAAGCAUUACGCUUCAGGUAGAGUAGCGCUGCUGCAGCUGUUGGAGAAGAAGGGGGCUCCUAACCUCAACCAAUCGGUUCGAGUUCCUGGCGACGCGCAACUACAGAGUUCAACGCGCAGAGCUCUUCCGGAGAUUGAGUUGCCGAAGUUCUCUGGAGUGUAUAAGGAGUGGAGGCCAUGGAGAGACCUUUUCCAUUCGCUGGUCGGGAAUAAUCUGGAGAUUCCUGGAGUCGAGCGAAUGCACUACCUCCGUCUCUGUCUCUCCAAUGAACCGUUGAAGCUCAUCUCUAAUUUGCCCGUCUCUGAAGAUUCCUUCGGCAUCGCAUGGAGAAUCUUGGUCGAUCGAUACGAGAACAAGCGCUUAUUGAUUACAGCUCACCUUGACCAGCUUCUCAAUCCUGCUCCAAUGAAGACGCACGGUGCCUCAGACCUUAAUUUAUUGACGAGCUCCGUUUCUGAGGCACUCAGCGCGCUCAAAGCACUGGAUCAGCCAACAGAUCAUUGGGGUCCAAUCGUCGUUCACGUGCUCACUCGUCGCUUGUCCAACAAGCUUCGUGAGGCAUGGGAAAAUAAAAUUGGAGCCUCGACUGAGUAUCCGACGCUUGAACAUCUCCUCGAUUUCCUACAAGGUCGUUCACGAGCCAUGGAGACCUUGGAGGUUGGGUCUUCGGUGCACACAUCGAACGACGCUUCUCGUCCUUCGCAGCCCAGCGUCCAGACUCGUUCGAUGACCAAGAGUAGUGCCAAGGUCAAUCAAGCCUCGGUGGCUUCGCAUGCGCAGCAGUCAGCCCAGAAAUCUUCCAGUCCAGCGCAAAUACAGUCCACAAAGUCGACGUCCUGGGCCGACGCGGGCUAUCCUUGUUCCUACUGCAAGAUGGAUCACUACAUCGCUUCUUGCAGCGGAUUCAAGUCGCUCACACCUACAGCAAGGAAGGAGGUUGUCGAACGACUCUAUCUGUGCUACAACUGUCUGGGGAAGCACAGUAUCAGAGUCUGCCAGACCACUCGAACGUGCAGGACAUGCCAGGAAAGGCACCAUUCCCUGCUGCAUUUUGAUCGCGCACGUCGUCCAGCUCAACGUGGUCCAGCAGCUCAAGUCCCUCGCAACGAUGCAGGAGCUCAGCGCCCGAGUGCUUCUGCUCCAUCGACCAACGUUCCUGUCGUGACGUACACUCACACCGGCUCCGAACUCUCGCUCAUCUCAGAUCAACUAGUUCGGAAGGUGAAAUUAAAGAAAACUCGUAGUUCUGUCCACAUAACAGGAGUGGGAGGAUCAUCGUUUGGGACAACGUCCGGCGAAGUACACCUCACGCUGCAAUCGAUCCACUCAGAAGAACGCGUUGAAGUUACAGCUCACUCCCUUGAACGUCUCACCUCAACGCUGCCGUCCUUCUCAGCAGAGGGCCUCAAGUGGGAUCAUAUCGAGGGUUUAGAGCUUGCUGAUCCUCAUUUUCGAGUCUCUGCACCAAUUGACCUUCUCGUCGGUGCUGAUGUUUUUGGUCAGGUCAUCAAGCCCAACGUGAUCAGAGGAGGGGUUCAGGCUCCAGUCGCUCAACUCACCAGCUUUGGCUGGAUUGUUUAUGGGCCAGCGGGACCUGAUCAACCAACAUCUUGCUCUUCUCAUCACCUGAGCGUAUCGAACGACGAGCUCAACGACCUUCUCACGAAGUUUUGGGUUCAGGAGGAAGUUCCUGGGCGCACUGACGCGAAUCUCUCAACGGAAGAAUUAGAAUGUGAACGCCACUUCCGUCAGACUCACUCAAGAGAUAGCUCAGGUCGAUAUGUCGUUCGUUUGCCCUUCUCAGCUCCAGUUUCGUCAUUAGGGAAUUCCUAUCGUCCAGCGCUAGCUUGUCUUCAUCGUAUGCUCGCGAGAAUCUCAAAAGAUGAGCGCUUUCUCCAGCUUUACUCUGGCUUUCUCAAGGAGUAUGAGGAUCUCGACCAUAUGAGAUUAGUAACUCGCUCGACUCAUCGCUCUUCGUCUUCGGUUCAGGCGGAUUCCGCUUGUCGUUCUGACGAGACGACCUUAGCACAUGAAGCGCAAGCUUCAGGAGGGUUGAGGGUCUCUGAAGGGCUUCAGGUAGGGCCGUCUGGCGCUCAAAGGAGUUACUAUUUACCUCAUCAUGGUGUAGUCAGAGAGAGCAGUGAAACGACGAAACUGAGAGUAGUGUUCAACGGAUCAGCGAAGACCAGUUCAGGGAACUCACUCAAUGACAUUCUCCACAUAGGAGCCAAGUUGCAGAGGGAUAUCUCGGACGUGCUGCUCUGGUCAAGACAGCACAAAGUCAUCUUCAUGACGGACAUCACCAAGAUGUUCCGCCAGAUUAGAGUUCACAAGGAUGACUGGGCCCUGCAGCAGAUUCUAUGGACCGACUCACGUGGAGAACUAGUCACGUAUCAACUGACAACAGUCACAUACGGCACGAGAUCAGCUCCGUUUCUCGCAAACCGUGUUCUUCUUCAGCUGGCUGAGGAUGAAGGACAUCGGUUCCCUUUGGCCGUCUCGCCUAUCGUAAAAGGAAGAUACGUUGACGACAUCUGUGGAGGUGCGGAUACGCAUGACCAACUCGUUAGGACUGCGCAAGAAGUUCGUGAUCUUUGCGCUGCUGGAGGAAUGCCUCUGGCAAAAUGGCAUAGUAAUAGUCCAGCGCUACUCCAGUGGCUCGCUCCUGAUAGUGCCUCCAAUGACCAGCGAGUUUAUGAGGAUUCGGAGACCCGGAUUCUUGGCUUGUCGUGGCAGCCCAGCUCGGAUAACUUCGUCUUCUCAAGUCGGACCAGCGAUGAAUCGAAGGUUUCUAAGAGGAAUAUCCUCUCAGAGAUCGCUCAGAUCUAUGACCCACUCGGAUUUCUAUCUCCUGUCGUGAUCAGAGGGAAACUGCUCAUGCAGGAGACCUGGAUUGGAAAGCUCGGUUGGGAUGAGGAAGUCCCAGAACAAGUUGCCCAGCGUUGGAAAAGUUUUCGAAAUGAUCUCACUCUGCUCUCGAAGUUAUCUGUUCCAAGAUGGUUAGGCCUUCUCCAGAACUCGUCGAUUGAAAUACAUGGAUUCUCAGAUGCUUCUGUUCUCGCGAUGUCAGCCGUAGUCUAUCUCAGAAUCGUUAAUGGAGAUAAUGAGCCUCGGAUUUCUUUGGUCUGCGCUAAAACGAAAGUAGCUCCUCUCAAACGGCUGACAAUCCCAAGGCUAGAGCUCACAGCUGCGGUUAUGCUUGCCAAACUCGUAAAGUACGUGAAAGGAGAGCUCGAUCUCUCGAACACGCCGACGUUUUUAUGGACCGACUCCUCAGUUGCGCUUACGUGGAUCAACUCGCAUCCAUCCAGAUGGAAAGAGUUCGUGAGAAAUCGUGUCCAACUCAUACAAGAGACCUCACGAGCUCAAUGGAAACUCGUUCCUGGCAAGGAAAACCCAGCUGACUGCGCAUCUCGUGGACUAACGACAGCGCAGCUCUCUGCGCAUGAACUCUGGUGGCGCGGACCACCGUGGCUCAUGAAAAGCUCAUCGUCGUGGCCAUCUCUAGAGCUUGCUUCAGUGACAUCAGCAGAUCUUGAGGAGAAACCUGGUGUCGUUCUGAACGUGAAGGUCCAGCGCAUAGAGAUUUGGGAUUUAGUUCAUCGCUAUUCUUCACUCAACAGAUUGCUUCGAAUUACGGCCAUUUGCCAACGCGUCAUUGCUCGUCUCAGAAGAAUUACUGGAUCAUCGUUAGCAACAGCUCUGAACCCUGGUGACAUCGAGCAGGCCCGACUGCUUUGGGUCAAGCUCACUCAGUCUGCGCAUUUUUCAGCUGAGGUUACGACCUUGUCCAGAGGGCACCGUCUUAGUUCGUCUCACUCGCUCACUCGAUUGACGGCGUUCCUGGACCACCAGGGAGUUCUACGCGUUGGAGGGCGCCUGAAAUUUGCUCAGCUUGACUGCGAAAAUAAGCAUCAGAUCAUCGUACCUCGGGAUUCGCAGUUCGCUCAGCUCAUCAUUCGGGAUGCCCAUCUCAGGACUCUGCAUGGAGGAACGCAGCUGACUCUCGGUCAACUCAGAAGGUCUUACUGGAUCCUCGGAGGAAGAGCCCCGGUAAGAUCAUUCAUCCUGAGGUGCGUUCCAUGCGCCAGACAGCGAGGGAUCAGAGCUCAACAGCUCAUGGGCCAGCUCCCAGUUGCUCGUCUCACACCUGGCCGAGCGUUCCUCAACACUGGAGUUGACUACGCCGGACCAGUGUCUCUCCGCUCGUGGAAGGGGCGUGGUCAUAAGUCGUACAAGGGAUGGCUCGCGAUCUUCGUCUGCAUGACCACGUCCGCAGUCCAUAUUGAGGUUGUCUCAGAUUACGCAGCCGAUGGAUUCAUCGCUGCGUAUCGUCGCUUUGUUGCCCGGCGUGGACACUGCAAGAACUUGUUCUCAGACUGCGGAACGAACUUCUUGGGAGCCGACAAGGAACUGAAGAAGCUCUUCUCAAUGGCGUCUAAGGAAUCGAACAAACUAGCCCAACUCUUGCUCAGCGAUGGAACCAGAUGGUCUUUUAACCCUCCAGGUGCACCGCACUUUGGAGGCAAAUGGGAAGCCGCGGUAAAGUCGGUGAAGUUCCAUCUCAAACGAACGAUCGGCGAUGCUCUAUUGACCUACGAGGAACUCACUACUUUACUCGCGCAGAUCGAAGCCGUGCUCAACUCGCGACCACUGGAACCGCUAUCAGAGGAUCCUGAUGACGUCAGCGCGCUCACUCCAGGUCAUUUCCUGAUUGGCCAGGCCUUGACCUCCGUUCCUGACCCUUCGCUGGAGCAUUUGAACGUCGAUCGCCUAUCUCGUUGGCAGCUUAUUCAGCAGAAGGUUCAGUACUUCUGGAAGCAGUGGUCCACUGGCUACCUUCAACAUCUACAGUCCAUCUCGAAGUGGCACCACCCAUCUCACAACAUUAGGAUUGGUUCCAUAGUCCUUCUCACCGACGAGAGGUUUCCACCAACGAAAUGGCCUCUCGCUCGAGUCAUCGCUCUCCACCCUGGUAGAGAUGGACUCGCCAGGGUGGUCACCAUUAAGACGUCCAGUUCUACUCUGCAACGGCCCAUCUCGAAGCUCGCUCUACUGCCAGUCUCGACCAGCGACACUUAAGAUCAUCUCGACCAGCGAUACCUAGGAUCAUCUCACGUGAUGACAGCUCUGCAUCAUCGGGUUCAUCAUAGUCCAUGUUCGGAUUGGGUCAUGGUGAGGAUUUACGACCCUCUCUGUGGCAACUGGUCCGGAGUGGACGUGAGUCUGCCGGGGUCUGCCGGAAUUUACGCCUCCUACGUCCUCGGCUGUACUCACACCUGACCGUCACUGGUGAACUACGAUGACCAACUCAGUCACGUCAGCAGCUGCUGACGGCGGGGGAGAAUGUUCGGUUUUCCACCGAAUUGUUUUUCGCACACGCACACUCACGCACACUCGCUCCUCUCGC